GAAUGAACUCAGCAACAAUUGUUAAGUGUGCAUUUGUUGGGUUUACCCGUAAAAUUUAGCUGAUUGAAACAGAUGCCUGAAUUGAUGUCGCCAGAAAACGAAGGGAAUGCGUGAAUGAUAUAAUUUUUUACAUAACGUUAUCUCCAAAUUGUUUAUUGUACAUAGCAAUACAACAUAAUUGCAUUAGCAUAGAACUAGUUUGCGCUCUUUUCUUUCCAUUUGUUGCCGCGUGGCCUUAAGACUGAUGUAGUAAAUUGACCUUUACCUUUACCGUGCAGUUUUUGUCCAAAUGGGAUUUUGGAAGCAGCUGGUUUUGGCGUGCAACCGCAACAUAGAAUCCAUUGACAAGUCCAGAUGUCAGUUACGAGAUGUGCCCCCGGAAGUGCUGCGUUACGCCAAGACGCUUCUGGAGCUGAAUUUGGAGGUCAAUGACCUCGAAAGUCUGCCUCAGGACUUCUGGAAGAUGACUAAACUUCGCUAUCUUAACAUAUCAGACAAUGGAAUCCGACAGCUUUCGUCCCAAAUCACCACCUUUCUCCUCUUAACUCAUCUCGACAUAUCUCGCAAUGAAAUCAGAGUGCUCCCCAAUGAGAUCAAUCUGCUGGUGAACUUGACCUAUCUGGACAUCAGUCGCAACUCCAUGAUGGAUGGCCAGGUGCCCCCUGGACUGUGGAGGCUCAGAAACUUGAACAAGUUGAUGAUGAAUGACAUAUGUCUGCUGGAGAUACCGGAAGAAAUAUCGACUCUGAACAAAUUGGAGCGCCUUGAGUUGCGUGAUAACUUCCUGAAGACUCUUCCUGUCACCAUUGGCGUCUUGACCCGACUGCGAUUAUUGGAUCUGGGAGGAAACGAUCUCUACGAACUGCCCUAUGAAAUCGGAGAUCUCACAGCUUUGCGCGACCUGUUUCUUGAUGACAAUGCCUUAGUCGAGCUGCCAAAGACCAUUGAUGGGUUACGCAGUCUCGAAAGCCUCGACGUCACCCAAAACGAACUGGAGUAUUUACCAGACCAACUGGGCAACCUUAAAAAUCUAAACGAGCUCCUGAUGGACACGAAUGAUAUCGAAAAUCUCCCUACCUCAAUUUCACAUCUCAAGCAGCUAUGCAGAUUAAAAAUCACUGAAAAUAUGCUCACAUGUAUACCUCAAUCAUGGGGAAAUUGCACUUCCUUAACUGAAGUUUUCUUCACGUCAAACGGUUUGAAAGAAAUCCCAGAAUCAAUUGGAAAUUUAGUUAAUUUGAGGUCUGCGAACUUUGACCAGAAUGGAAUAACGUCUAUCCCAGAAUCCAUCGGCAAAUGCGUCAAACUUGGUGUUUUGUCAUUUCGUGACAACUGUUUGACAGAAAUUCCCAGCUCGAUUGAAAAUCUUACGGAACUGUACGUUCUUGAUUUGACAAACAACAGACUCGAAUGGCUACCAUUUAGUAUAGGAAAGCUAGGUCGCACGUUAAAAGCGUUAUGGCUCUCCGAAACACAGGGUUCUCAGAGUUUGCCAACUCUAAAUGCAGAAAUGAGAGGCACUAAGAAAGUGCUGACGUGUGUGUUCCUCCCACAGAAGACGGGAAGCAUGGAAAACUUGCUGGCGGCGUCGAUGACUUCGUUGCAUUUCGAUGAAUAUAACAGACAUCACGGAGGAGACAUGGAAAGUAUGGACGAUAUCGAAUCGGGUGUUUACGAUACGGGAGAAACGACAGCGGGUAAUGAGGUUGAUCAGCGGGAUUGGGGGGACGCGCAAGGUGCAAUGAUGGGGGUGCAAAUGAGGCGCCCACCAAUGAAGGAGGCGAGGUUCGAAGAGGGAAUUGAAGGGGGAGAGGGGGGAGGGAGUAAGAGAGAGUCGAAAGUGUCAUUUCAGUCUAAUGAUGCGGAAAUUGUAGACGACGAACUUCUAAAUCAGUACACAUAUCGCUGGCUCGGCCCAUCGACGGAAUUGAAGAGGCAUCAUACUCCGCAUCCUAAAGAACUAGCGUUCAGAAAAGAACAGGGAAGGGUGAUGGUGUACAGAACCGAAAGCGCAAGAAGACGAGAGGAAACACACAUAAAUUUAACCAAUUCGUCACCCCAAAAAGAACUCCCAAGCCACUCUUCGUCUAUUUCUCCUCCUAAUAUCAGUUACAACUACAGUAAUCAAUCGCCCCCUAUUUCAAUAUCACCGUCGCCCACACAAGCGUUGAUGGUUGGUGGAGGUAGAGGCAUUGGAAAUCAACAACAACAACAACAACAACAACAACACCUGAUUUCAUCUCAAAUGUACAACAAUAAUCAAUACAGUGGCGUGAAUAGUAGUAGUAGCAACAUAGGCAGGGUCGGAUUAGGAGGCAGUAAUAGUACGACAGUAGCUGUGGACAUAACCCCUAUCUCUCCCGACCAACUCCAAGUUGAGGUUGAUGAACGCCUGUUAAACAAAGGCGAGACUAGAAAAUUUGACAUGGGCAAAAAUUCCAUCAUUGGGUCAAGUUCGCCCACUCCGAAAUGGAAUACGGAUAAGUUACCAACUCCACCCCAGAGGUCAUCCGUGUCUCGAUUCUCGGCCGCCUCUGCUCAGCAGGGGAAUAGUUUGAAUGUGAAAUCGCAACAUAAACAGACUCCUUCGGAUGUGAGCGAUCAACUGAAUCGAAGUUCAAUCACUGCUGAGAGCUCUUCCAAUAUAGAAGAAGACUCGGACUCCGACCUGGACGUGUCUCGUGAGAAGACUGUGGGAUUUAGUGAUGACGUCACUGUGACCACAACCACUGCUACCAACGGGGGAGGAGGAGUGCAUUUGAAUGAGGGGGAGGACAGUGAAGCGGAUCAGGCAGUAGUUGGAGGGGAGGCGAAGCGUGUGGGACUUGUUGGCGGAGUGGAGAGUGUGGUCAAGUUGAGACCGAAAAAGACGCCGAUGAGGGAGGAUGCUUUCCUGGAACGGAGGGAUACACCACACCACAAGAAGGGAAAACGAUUGGUGGACGAGGGAAAGGAGUUGACAGAGGAGGAGCUGCAGCAGCUUCUCGCGGGACACCACAACCAACUCAGUCCAACCUCGGCCUCCGCCAAACAACCAUACCUGCUCUACAGUGAUGACAGUAAAUACGAAUUCGAAGACGGACAGUUUGUUUGCGUGGUCACAAGAGGUCCCGGAGUCGGUUUUGGUUUAACAAUCGCGGGAGGAAUCGGAUCUCUCGUUCCGUACAGACCAGGAGACGAUGGAAUUUUCCUCUCCAACAUCAUUGUAAACAGUCCUGCUUUCUUGGCUGGGUUGCGAGUUGGCGACAAAAUUCUAAGCGUGGAUGGAAAUGACUUAUCUAAAAUUGAUCACUCCUCAGCUGUGGAAAUAUUACGUAAUGGGGGAAUUUCCAUCACACUGACAGUAGAACGACGGAUUUACAAUCUUGUUCACGAUUCAGAUAACAACGAGUCGGAAAGUGUCACAGACGAAAUCGGAGUCUCCGAAGCUUCGAGGCUUAAUGGACCCGUGACUCCCUUGUCGCCCUUCUUCACGAUUGACGUGAAGUUGAGACGAGAGGUGCACCAGGGCUUCGGCUUUUCGUUUAACAGUGCGAGUAUCCAGAAUGAAACGGGACUGAAGGUCACAAAAAUUGCACCUGAUGGCGUGGCUGCCAAAGAAGGAACCUUGCAUAUUGGAGACUUGAUUCAAUCUAUCAACGAUGUAGAUGUGACCAAUGGCAUCGAAGGAAGGGACUCGGCAGUCAAUAUCCUCAGGAGUGUGUUUGAGGUGUCCCUCGCAGUUGUCCGGAAGUCAGACGUCUUCAAAUUCCCUCAUGUCAACUCAACAGCCAAACUAGACCGAGUGCCAGCUGGAGGGAAAUCGAAUGGAGUUCGCAUCAACUCUAGCUCUGAACAGAUGCCAGAGCCAGAACGACCAGCUAUUCAUAGUCCACCGCCACCAUCACCUCACCCUCCUGUGUCCAGAGUUAGUCCGCUGCCACCUCAGAACCUGAUUACUUAUGAAACAGGAAAACCCGAGGAAGAAGAAAAGAUUGAGAAAAAUGGUAAUCGUGUGAUUGAGGAGGAAAAGGAGGGUGACAUGAAACUUGAUCACGUGGAGGAGGUGGUGCUUGUGAAGACGGGUGAGCCUCUGGGCUUCAGCAUUAAGGGGGGCACUGACCACCCCAUGCACAUCUGCGGCCUCAAGGACACAUCUGUUUACAUAUCCAAGAUAACCUCCGAGGGUCUGGCUUGCCGGUCCAAUCUAGUGGUGGGCGACAAAAUCCUGUUUGCCAAUGGGAUCAACCUGAACAGUGUGACCCACAAGGAGGCAGUCAAUGCCCUCGUGUCCCCACCAAACGCUGAAGGAGAACUGGACUGUCUCACCCUUCUAGUUGCUCACGAGUAUUUCCUCAGUGGCUAUAAACACCUGGAAUUGAAAAAGCAUUUCAAUGAAGUGUGGGGAAUCAUGAUCCAAGGAGGCUUAGGCUACCAGUCUGCCAAUCCCUACGAGCCCUUGGAUGAGAGCAUCUACAUAACCGGAGUGGUGCCUUACUCCCCAGCCGAUAACUGCGCCCUAAUUCAACCUGGACAACGCAUCAUCGAGAUAAACAAUAAAUCGAUGGUGGGCGUCAGCUACCCUGAAGCCAAAUACGAACUGAGUAGUUCCAAGUUCGACUUGAAAAUCACCGUCUGUGAUGGAUUCAACUACCCCGCCUAUCAAUCAUCACGAGCUCCAGCGUCAUCAUCACAGAAACAAACAGCUCCAAGUAACACCCGCAAACAACCUCCAAGAACUGAAGCAAACGUACAUCACAUGAACAAGUCGAUUAGCUCAAUUGUGGAACAAGAACACAUGUCGAAAACUAUCUCUAGUAACUCACAAUCUCAGAAAACUGUAGACCCGAAGUUUAAUAACGGCCCUGGCCGCGAGCAGCGAAAUUUCGCUAGUUAAAAUUUUUGAAUUUUGAGCUCAAAGGGUGUUAACUUAAUGUGUUAAAGAGUGUAAUUUUAUAGAAUUUGCUGAAAAGUACAAAAUUAUCUAUUCUGUCGUUCUAUUUUCUUUUGUUUGCCUUCUUUUCAAAGCUUACAAUAAUUUCACAUUUUCUACUUUCUUGACUUUAAUUUGAUCGCCGUUUUGAUUGAACUUUAGAAUGAUAUUCAGUGAUGUAGUGUAAAUGAUAAUGUAAUUAUUGAUAUGAUUCAAUCGCUUUCCAGGAAUUUCA